AUGACGCAACGACCGGCGGAUGCGGCGGCGUCGUCGUUCGGCGCGCGACUGCGACGCGCGGGCGUGAAAACGCUGCGGUUGCGCGUCAGCGGCGAGCGGGCGAAGCGUGGACUCGAGUCCGAUAACGAGAGCGACUCGGACGACGACGCGGGAGCGCGGGAUGGACCGUUCGUGAUGCGGUGCGGGGCGGUCGGCGCGCGGGGCGUCGAGCGAGCGACGACGUUCGAGGCGUGGCGGCCGAGACGUGGGAUGGAUCGCGAGGAACUCGCGGAGAAGUACGGAGACGGAGGCUUGAAGAGGCACCGCGGGAUGCACGGGGGGCUGGAGGAGGCGUUUCGGGGGAAUAAUAUCGUCGUGCGAGGGACGCUCGACGGGGUGGAGUACGUGGGGAAGAAUUUUACGCACGCGGCGAGCGGCAUUGGGAGAGCGUACGAGCGCGAACGGGGGUACGACGGGAAGAUGAUGUUGGGGAGGCUGAAGAAAGCGUCGGGUGAGGAUGAUGGGGCGUACGAGUUGGAGUUGAUGCCGAUCGCUGGCGGGCGAGUGAUUGACUUGGAGACGCGCUUGCGCAAGUACAAUUACACGGAGCACUCCAAGAGCGAUUUGGCGGAUAUCAACGAUCCGGCGGUUCGCGCGGAGAUCAACGCGAAACAACUCGAAGCGUUCGCGUCGGACAAGCGCAAGCGCCAAGUGAAUAGGCUGAACGCGGCGAGAAAAUUGGACGAAGCUUCCAUUGCGUCGCCGAAGCUCAUGCAGGCGCACAUCGCCGAGGGAGCGGCGACGCUGAAGAGUCGCGCCGAACUCAUCCUCGAGGCUGGGAAAACGCGGAAUAUUCCGCCUCACGAACCAAACGCGUUGAAUUUGGACGAGGCGUACCCGAUUGCCUCCAUGCCGUGCCAUGCGUUGCUUCAUAAGCUUCGGUCGAAGGAUCUUUUGGAAAACGCCGACGGCGCUACCGAUUCGGGCGAAGUCACGUUUGAGCCGCUCACGCUGGCUUUGGCGUCGUUGUGCCUCAAAACGGGCACAAAGCCCGAACUCAACAAACGCGCGCAGCUCAUUAUGUACGCCGACGCGCUGUGCAAGUUACUUGCGCGCGAACGAAUCAAAGAAGCCAAGCCAAAGGCGACAGAGGACGCCGAGACGCCGACCGAGCCCUCGCAUCGGUUCACGUUCACCAGCGCCGAAAACGUCGAUCCGUUGCUUCAGGAGGCACUCAUACAUAGUUAUAUGGACGAAGACGUGGCGAGCGACGUUCGACAGUACGUCAUGUCCAAACACAGAAGAGAUCUCGUACGACUGCAAGUCAUUCUCAUCGCGCUUCGCCUUUGCCAGUGGACGCUGGAGAUUGAGCUCGUGCGCCCGCACUUGAAAGUGGACUCGAAAGAGAUGAUGGCGUACACGCGCGAACUCGGGUGCAAAUCCGUCAAGGGUGGGAAGAAUCCUGUCGUGAAACUCGAUCUCAACGGCAGAGCGUUGUCGAGCGUGCUUCCGGAGAUUCGAGCGCGAGGGAAACGAGCGAAACCAAAAGAAUGA